GAAUGCAUAUGAAAUUUCUCUCAAAACCAUAACAAUGAGAAAAAACUUUAGAGAAAAAAAUAAUAAAAAACAGAAUGGCACAGUUACUAAAACCAAACCCAAACAAGUACACCCUCUCAAAAAGGAACUUUAGAGGUUCUUCUUCUUCUCCAUGCAGUAGAAGUUGUAAUAGAGUUAGACUGGGCAACAAGAAGAAAAGAUUGGUUUACUGUCUGAAACCCAAGUCUGCAGUUAUUGAUGAGAGGGAAACUAGUAGUAAAAAGAUUAGAAGAACAAAUUUGGAGGAGCAAAGGAGAAGGGCUGAUGUUCUGGUGCCUUGUUCUUCUUCCUCAUCAUCAUCAUCAGUUGAGCUUGUUGAGAAUGAGAUUGAUGGACAGCUUAGGCAUUUGGUGACUGAAUUUGGCUGGAAAGUAAGAAGGUUGAAUGAAAAUGAAGAUGAGAUGAGAGAAGUGGCACAAGUUCAAGCUGAAGCAUUCCAUGUCCCGGUGGCUUUCUUCGAUGAUGUUUUCUUUGAAUUCUUUAAGGCUGAAGUACUCUCAGGACUUCUUUACAAGCUUCGGAACUCGCCACCUGACAGGUAUGCUUGUUUGGUAGCAAAAACUGCAGACACUUCUUCGGAUACAUUGUCAUUGUCAGACCAAGGUCUUGUAGGCGUUGUGGAUGUUACGGUCUUAAAUAAUAAAGAUGUGGUUCAACAUCUUGACGGAGCUGAAGAAUAUCUGUAUGUCUCUGGAAUAGCUGUUUUCAACAAAUUCAGGAGGCAAAAAGUUGCGACUGCAUUGCUAAAAGCGUGUGACGUGCUUUUGAAUGAAUGGGGGUUUCAAUACCUUGCUUUACGGGCUUAUGAAGACGACUCGGCAGCAUGUAGAUUGUACACGAAUGCUGGGUACAGAAUAAUUUCUAGAGAUCCUUCGUGGACUACUUGGAUUGGAAGAAAGCGACGUGUUCUAAUGAUCAAACAAUCUAAUUCCUGAGAUUGGUCAUGAAGAAACCUAAUGCCUGCAGAGGAAAAUUACACUGCAACUUUUAACUGUAACUUGAAUAUUCUAUUGAGUCCACCACCCUUGCAGUCAGCAUUACUGUCCAGAUAAAUAUCCCCAUGUAAUUCAAAUUAGCAUUUAAGCAUAUAAAAAUUUAGGAAACAUUAUACUGUAAAAUUCCUCAUUGCUUAUGCCUGAUUCAAACCAUAUCUAAUCCAAUCCCCUUACCCAA